CCUGGAGAGGUUUGAAUCCAGUCGCUGCAGCCGCCAUGCUGAGCUGAGAGCGACAGAGCAAACUUGUCACGCUCCUGCACCGACACUCAUCUCUACAAACGCCGGGACGAAGGAGCUGUUUUCCCGCAAGCUGUGUUGUGAUAUUUGCCUUGGGCUGCACCCUCAACCAUUUCCAUCUCUGUGAAGAAAACUGAGAAGUUUUAAUGAACCAUUAUUCACUAGCUGACGCCAUGACAGACAACUUGAGGAUUUUAUAAUUCUCUCCAGACGAAGAGCGUCGCAUCUUGUUGAGGAGCCACAGAGGAAACUUCACGGUUCCGAAGUUAUCAGAGUCUAACAUGGGAUUCGGCGUGCUGGGGGUGUUUCUGGGGCUACUCCUGGAGGUCUCCACCCACGGCCCCCAUGCUGUGCCUCGCACCUCCUGGAAGCACCAAGAUGUAGACCUGAUGGAGUUUUCAGAGCCGGGGAUCUUCAACUACUCCACGCUGCUGCUGAGUGAAGAGAGGGAUGCACUGUACGUGGGAGCCAGAGAGGCCAUUUUUCAGCUCAGCAAGAAGAAUGUGACAGUCAAGAAUAACAAGGUUCAGUGGAGUGUUGCAGAAACUCCCAUGAUGAUGUGCACACUGAAAGGAAAAUCAAAAGAGAGGGACUGUCUCAACUACAUCCGUGUGUUGCAAGACCUAGAUGACAAGCGGCUCUAUGUCUGUGGAACGCAUGCCUUUCAACCUCAGUGCGACUAUCUGUACCUCUCUAACUUUUCACUGGCGGGUCAAGCCGAGGACGGCAGGGGAAAGUGCUCCUUUGACCCCUCACAAAGCUUCACCACCAUCAUGGUUGACGGAGAGCUGUACUCAGGGACAGCUUAUAACUUCUUAGGUAGUGAACCGAUUAUUUCCAGAUACUCUCCAUCGCAGUCUCUGCUGAGGACAGAAUACUCCACAUCAUGGCUCAAUGAGCCCAGCUUUGUUUUUGCCGACGUGAUCAGGGAGGAUCGACACAGAGCAGAUGGUGAAGACGACAAAAUCUACUACUUUUUCACCGAGGUGUCGGUGGAGUAUGAAUUUUUUGGCAAGCUGCUCAUCCCGAGGGUGGCACGCGUCUGUAAGGGUGACCUGGGGGGGCAGCGGACACUUCAGAAGAAAUGGACAUCCUUCCUGAAGGCCAAGCUGGUGUGCUCCAUGCCUGAACUCAACUUUGUUUUCAACGUGGUGCAUGACGUCUUUAUCCUGAAGGCAGCAGACCAGAGGGAGACUGUCAUCUACGGGGUCUUCACCUCCCAGUGGGGCAAUGUGGGUCUGUCAGCAGUGUGUGCAUAUAACAUGGUCACAGUGGAGGAGGUAUUUUCCAAGGGCAAGUACAUGCAGAAAGCCACAGUGGAGCAGUCACACACCAAGUGGGUCCGGUACAAUGGCAUCACUCCCUCCCCACGUCCCGGAGCAUGCAUCAACAACCUCAACCGGCAACAGAACAUCAGCAGCUCGCUGCACCUGCCAGACAAGACCCUGCAGUUUGUGAAGGACCACCCCCUGCUGGAGGACCCCGUCCUGCCCAUUGGCAACGGGCCUCGCCUGAUCACCAAGGACGUCAACUACACCCAAAUAGUUGUGGAGAGGGUCCAGGCGCUUGAUAGGAACAUCUAUGACAUCAUCUUCACUGGAACAGAUAAAGGAGUCCUGCACAAGUCAGUGGUGUAUGAAGGAGAAGUCCACAUUGUUGAGGAGAUCCAGCUUCUAAAGACCCCUGAACCCAUCAAGAACUUACUGCUGUCUUCUCAGGCACGGUCCCUGUAUGCUGGUUCAGACUCCGGUGUAGUCCAGUCACCCACAGCCUUCUGUGAUAAGUAUCUGUCCUGCGCUGAAUGUAUCUUGGCCCGAGACCCUUAUUGUGCCUGGAACCCUCACACUUCUGCCUGUGUCAAUAUCUUUGACACCCCCAGCCAAGUACACAGGAGUCUAAUCCAGAGCCUGAAUGGUGAUGCAGACAAGUGUCCUUCAGUGUCAGGGCUGUCUCUGCAGGAUUACCAGCAUGUGAUGGUGAAACCAGGGAGCUCUGCAGAGCUGCCAUGCCUGGUACACUCCAACCUAGCCCAGGUGAUGUGGAAAUCCAAUGGUUCGGCGCUCACUGAGGCCUCUCGCUUCCACCUGAUAGGCGAAACUGGUCUUCUUAUUUAUAGCGUGGCACCAGAGGACCAGGGUCACUAUGAGUGCUGGUCAGUAGAAUGGGCUCCCGCUGUUGGGAAGAACUUCAGCCGCCUCCUGGCUGGGUACUUCCUGACCCUGGAUCUCCCACCCAGACCCCCAUACCAGGCAGGCCACAAGACAACUACCCUCAGCUCCGGUCUGGGCAAGCAGGAUCCGUCUAGUACCCAUUCCUCUGAAGGUAAUGGUAAGACAGACAGACCUCCACUAACUUUGGGCUCUGCCCGUCCCAGCUCCACAGCCACAGUCCACUUCACCUCCCCACCCCAAACUGACUCAUCACUAACCCCACCCCCCAGCAGCACCAUCAGGUUGCAGCCCAAGCAACACCUUCACCCAAGCUCCAACAUCCCCCGGCCAGAAACCCGGGACCCAUCAGCUGAAUAUCUGCAGCACAAUAACAGCACAGCUCUCCUCUUCUUGUUUCUCCUGUUCUUCCUCCUCUUCUUGGCCGCACUGGCCUACAACUGCUACAUGCAGUACCUUCCAGCACCCUGCCUGCGGCUCCGAGCAGCUCUCCUGGGCAGUCACAAGACCCCCCAGCCUGAGUACCGGGCCUGCGAGGCGGGGUUGAUCGAACCGCCUGUGACAGAGAAACUGGACUUGACGGAACAGCCGACCCAGAAUGGCAGCCAAGUCACCCAAAAUCAGCUCCGGGCUCUGCGUGACACCGGCUAUGAGACAGAACCAGAGUGUGGCAACGGUCAAAUCCCCUCUCAGAGCUUUGGGGACGACAGCCCAUCCCAGGAGAAACCCUUCGAUGUGGACUGUGAUUCUCAGCCCAUUGAGUUUGCAGACGCAGACGAUCCUUACUGCUAGCUAGAGACCUCAGUUUCCUUGUUGUUUCCCGUUAGCGCAGACAUUAUUUAUGGGGAGGGUCAUACUCUGUUGCUGCCUCUGCCCUUGAUGUACAAGCCUAAAUGCUGUCCUAUACAUAAAAGAAUGUUCUAUGUACAAUGGCAGAUGAAGUCAAAUUUUAACUAGGAGUAAGUCAGGCAUCCCAAAUGCCUCCAGAGAAUGAAUUCGUGCUCUGUCUGAUGAAACCAAGGGCGUGCAAAGAUCAAGCUAAAAUUGUAUUCUUUGAAGUUGUAUCCUUCUUAGCAUAUAGUCCAGCGUGAAAAGCUAUUUCUUAAAUUCCAAAUUGGAAACAUUGUUUACCAAAUUGGUAAGUUACCUUGAUGUUUUCCAAAUUGGAGUCAUGUUACUGUUUUUUUUUUUUUUUUUUUCUGUUUUUUCUUUUUUUUUUUUGUACAGCAUGGAUGGAAAAUAAUGAAGCUUUUGUAUAUAUUUUUUCUUUUUCUUUUUUGUUUUUUUUUUCGAAGCAGGGCAGACUACUGGACACGGGUAGCUACUUCGUUCUAGUCUGUUCUUUCUCAGGGAAGGUUUGCUCAGUAUGCUGUCGUCUACUGCCUAAGCUUUGUCGUACAAUGUUGCCACCUCCAGCACAUGGUGUGUAGGCCAAUAUCUCACAGAGUGGACUGGCAACAGGGUAUAAAGAACGCAAAUAGACAAACAGCAGCCCGGUGAUGGCGCGCAUGAACGAAAAAUGCUGGAAAAGUUAAACCACUGUCUAGUGUGCAGAAUUGUCCAGAGUGACAUGCUGUUGAAUUACUUCAUUUUAUUUUAUUUUAUUUUAUUUUAUUUUAUUUUAUUUUAUUUUAGCAUUAUUUUUUUUGCCCUGUGAAAUCUGCAUUCCUAUUGAUACAGUGUCAGCUCAGCCUGGGGUCAAUGAUCCUGUGCCAUAUUAACCUCUACUAGUCAUUUCUCCUUAUGUGGUCUGUUAAUAACCAUAAAUAUGUACAUUACGAUACGAUGUUUGAUAAAAUAACAUCACUUGUUCUUUUCAUCAAACAAGAGCCCUGGAAACAAUCUGAAACUACGUUACUUGUUUUUAUUUUUUUUUUAUUUAAGCUUUAAGGUGUAGAAUAUUUUCAGAGAAUUAUUAUUUAAUGUCAGUCAUAUCUGUGGUGAUAUCAUUUUAUCCAUAGCAUAAUUAGUUGUGAUCUUCGUUUCAGUUCACAUGGAUUGAUUGCAUCUGAAUUGGUUUUUAGAGCCUAGCCCUCUUUUAGUAUUCUCCCUUUUCUCUGUUUUGCAUGUCCCACCUUGGUUGGCCGUCUUCCUCAAUGCUCUCUUUUCCAUCGCUCCCUCCCUCACAGCCUCCUCUCCUGUCGACACUUCAUCUUCCCUGUCCUCCUCUGGAAGUAGCACUCCCUCUGUCCUCCCUUCUUCCUCCUACUCCUCCUCCUCCUCCUCUUCCUCCACUGCCACCUCCUCCUCCACCAAGCACCACGGUGUGGAGGGCCAGGAGGCAGAGGUGAGACUGUUGCCUCCCCUGCUGAAGGACCAGGCCUGGGGGGUUCACGCCCAGGAGGCCUUCCUGCUCUUCUGCCUGGCCUUGGGUGAGUGGUGCCUGUGACACUGACUCAGCUCUCACCCAAACCCCAACCCUCCCUCCCUCAGGAACUCUUACUCUGUUUGGAUCUCUCUUUUUGUGUCCCUCUUCUUCCUCUCUUCCAUGUUUUUCUUUCAUUCUCUCUCUUACCUGAACCUCGCAUGUCGACAUUUCCCCCCACACAUCUCCCCACCCCACAGACCAGCCCAUCUGCAUAACCUAACCUGGAGUAUGUAUGUGCCUGUAUGUGUGUGGAAAUUGCUCAGAACAAGCCUGUCCUUUUGCUUUGAGGUGUCUGACCCGUGGAGAUCUGUUCCUCUCCAUUGUAGGCUUAGAAGGACUGCAUUUCUACAGGGGGCAAAUCUGAGUAAAUGCAAAAGAAAACAAAGCUGGAAUUCCUUUAUUGAGCUUGUCAGCCUCUCGAUCUGGUUGACUGUCUGAAGGUCUCAAUUCCUUCUUAGCAAAAGAUACAUUUUGUGUUUGUUAUUGUGUAACUGGAAAGUCUGACCUUAAUCUUGUAAUAUUUAGAAGCAGAUAACUGUCAUCCGCAGUGAGAAAGUUGAGAUUAGAGUCUCUCCUCAGAACAAAAGAACUCUUUUGCAGAACUAUAGUAGUCUCACCGUGUUAUGUUUCAGUACUUCAUCUGGAGUGUUUUUGUGCCUGUAAACAAGUGUAAAUAUAUUUGUAUAUAUGGAAAAAAAAUACUUUUGAAGAUGUACAUAAAUUCUCAGACAUUUUGGGGCUAUUGCUGUUGGUAGGGAGGCUAAAUAAAUCUUGACUUCAAAUGUUUACAA